AUGGCAGCACCAAACCCAGCCAACAACGAUCUGCGCAUCGAAGUAAUCACCGAUGGAGCUGAUUUCGAGCCAGCACAUGCAUGCAUCGGGAAAUGCUUCGGUGACCAGACUAGCGAUGGCAUCUGGAUUCUCAUGAGCCCCGGCUGGGACACACCUGAGGGCAAUAAAAGGCUCGCGGCGAGACUCCGGGAUCGCUGGCAGGAGACCCAGCAGAACAACAACACCAUCUUCCUCAAGGCAACCCUGCCAGACCCGGAUGCGCAAGGGGCCCGGCGCAUCGUGGGAGUUGCCAUCUGGGUCAACGCCUCCAAGAUACCCGGCGAGGGUGAAGUGCCCGGGGAGGUGGACUAUGCCGCGCUAUACCCCGAGGAUGAAGGGAAGCAGAGGUUUCUGAAACAAGCCAUGGCCUCGUUGCACAAGCAGCGCUACCAGGUCCUCGAGGAGAAGGCGCGGCCGGAAUCCAAACAAAAGUCAAUCAUGGUAUUGGACCUGUGCGUUACCGACCCUGCAUACCAGCGCCGAGGUAUCGCCAGGAGACUGGUUCAAUGGGGGUUGGAUGAGGCCAAGAGGCGCGGUGACCUCGAAGCGACGACGGAAGGUUCGGCCAUGGGCCGCCAUGUAUACCGGCAGCUUGGUUUUCAGGGCGUGAGUGAUAUAGUGUGGGAGGUGGAUGAUGAGUUCAAAAAUUACUCCCUGCCGCCGAAUCUGUUUAUGCGCACGAGGCCGUCAGACGCAUUGUAG